UGUCAGUCACAGCUACAUCGUCAGGUUUGGUUGGCGGCUCUCCACUCCUCCUUGUCAGUACAAGCAAUGGAGCGGGCCUGGUUGGGCACAGCAGAGUGAGUCCAAGUUUUAAAAACUUAUUUUUGAAAAUACGAACAAAAUCAGUGUCGCUGACCUUCCCGACGGAGGGAUUAAGCGUCUAAAGCCCCGGCGUGUUCAACCAGAAGCAGUCGGGAAGUCCAGAGUGAAGUAGCAGCUCUUCAUCCAGAACCAAUACCCUGGCCAUAGCAGUCAUGUCUGCCGCAGGAGACUUCGGGAACCCUCUGAGGAAAUUCAAACUGGUGUUUCUUGGGGAGCAGAGCGUUGGGAAGACAUCUCUGAUCACCCGAUUCAUGUACGACAGCUUUGAUAAUACCUACCAGGCCACUAUAGGAAUCGAUUUUUUGUCCAAAACCAUGUACCUUGAGGACAGAACAGUGCGGCUGCAGCUAUGGGACACUGCUGGGCAGGAGCGCUUCCGGAGUCUCAUCCCCAGCUACAUACGCGACUCCACCGUCGCCGUGGUAGUCUAUGACAUCACAAACGUCAACUCCUUCCAGCAGACCACAAAAUGGAUCGAUGAUGUCAGAACUGAGAGAGGAAGUGAUGUCAUCAUCAUGCUGGUUGGGAAUAAGACAGACCUUGCAGACAAAAGACAGAUAACAACUGAAGAGGGCGAACAGAGAGCUAACGAAAUGAAUGUUCUGUUUAUCGAAACGAGUGCAAAGACAGGACACAAUGUGAAACAGCUCUUCCGGCGUGUGGCUGCAGCCCUGCCCGGCAUGGAGAGCACACAGGAGAAAAGCAGAGAAGACAUGAUCGACAUAAAGCUGGAGAAGCCUCCGGAACAACCCGUCAACGAAGGUGGUUGCUCCUGCUAAACCUCCCCUCCACUGUGUUUCGUUUUCUGUCUCAGUCACACCCCCAUCUCUCUCUCUCUCUCUCUCUCUCUCUCUCUCUCUCUCUCUCUCUCUCUCUCUCUCUCUCUCUCUCUCUCUCUCUCUCUCUCUCUCUCUCUCUCUCUCUCUCUCUCUCUCUCUCUCUCUCUCUUUCCCCCCCUCCCCAUGGAAACAGAAGAACACUACUUGUCCAUUGUCCACAGCACCUUGCUUUCUGCUGACAUACUGAGAUGACCUUAAGCUUAUGAAGCACAAUGUGGAUGUUAAAGGUGUGGUUUAUUUUCUGAAUAACUUCCGUUAAGCUUCACCACAUCGUUUUCAAAACUCCCCCCCCUAUUAUUUUAGUGUCACUGUACCUCAACUUGAUAACAGGUUAUGAAACAGUUGCAGAAGUUCUCAUAAUACUGUGUUCUGUGGUUGAAAUCUGCUGAGAGUCUCUGUAGUGUCCGCCCUAUGUUUAAAUAUAAACUGGCUGCCACUGUUUAUAUUCAGUAGCAUGAUAGAAGUAUGAUAAUUACUGAAAGUAGUUAUAUUUUUUUGUAAAUGAAGGCAAGUAUAUUCAGUACACCACCAGAUGCAGUCAUGCCUUUAAAACUUCAUUUUAUAGGGCUUCCUCUGGCUUUUUAUUAGCUAUGUAACGUUUGGUUUACUGUAACAGUGGCACUGUCGGUUUCUUUCCUCCAAUAUUGAUUUGUUGACCACAUCUUCUAGCGUUAAUAUUUCAGUUUCACCAUGUUGGG